UGAGCGGCGGUCAUAUUUUGUACCGCUAUGCGGUACAUCUAGGUGAUGUAGAAUCACAUGGCACUGCCUCAUGCUAGUACGAAAAAAACAUGUAGCUUUUGUCUUACUCACAAACAUGUAGCUUUUGUCUUUAGUUCUUGCAAUGUUCCUUUCCCAGGAGGACACAGUUAAAAUCCUACCGUCCAUGAGAAUGACCAGUAUUUUUUUUUUACUAUUAUUUUUUUAAAUUAAAUUAAGUUUAGAAAUAUAAUUGUCAUAGAGAUUUAAACAAGGGAAGGUUGGACAUAAAAAGGGAUUUACAUUUUUUUAUUGGAUUUAUCAGUUCAUCAAUGUAUUCUGAGACCAUGUCCAUUUCACUAUUUGUAUUUAAAUACUGCUCUACUUGUUGACCCAGCACAAAGCUUUUCACUAUUAAUUGCAUCACUUCUGGCCAGGGAAAGUCCGAUUUUGCAAUAGAGGCUGAUGGCAAAACAAGCGAUUGUGUUGGACACUCAUUGUAAAAAUCAAGGAAGUGAGACUGGCAAGAGGAUAAACGUCCGGAAAUCUUGCUCUGUUGCUUAGACAACCUCAGCCAUAUCAGUGAGACCUCAAUCACAAUCUCUCUCUCAAACACAAACAGGAAGCAGAACAGUUUUUCCAGGUAGAGCGCAGACAAAAAAUUGGAAGGAAUGUUGUUUUUUAGGAUAGCCCUUUUCAUACUGCUCCAUGGAUUUCAAGGUGGAAACAGUCUCUGGACAGUAUCCAAGGUGGCAGUGCAGAAGGGGGGUUCUAUCACUAUCCCAUGUCACUACUACAGGACGUACCGGACUAAUGUGAAGUACUGGUGCAAGGGCCGCAGUUGGGUUUUCUGUAGAGAGAUUGCCCGCACCACCUCAAAAUCCAGGACAGAGGGGGUGUUCAUUACAGACUAUCCAUCUGAGCAGGUUUUCACCUUAACAAAAACAAACCUUGAUGUGAAGGACACUGACCGCUACUGGUGUGCCAUUAAAAUGAGUGGGUUCAGCUCUCAGACUCUCAGAACGUCUCUGGAGCUUCAGGUGACUGAAGAUCCUCCAGAUUUGUUUGUGAUGGAUAACAGGGUGUCUGUUGAAGAGGGAGGCAAUGUGAGCAUCCCCUGUUUGUACCGUGACAGACUAAAGAGUGCUGAGAAGAAGUGGUGUGAGAGUGGAAAUCUCCACUCCUGUCGGUCAGCCACAUCGCCACCCGAGGAGCCAUCUGUCACAAUCUCUGAUGACGGCAGCGGAGUUUUUACGGUAACUCUGAUGAAACUGGAGAGGAAGGAUAUAGGCUGGUACUGGUGUUCUGCUGGUGACAUACAGGCCCCUGUGCAUAUUAACGUAACAGAAAAACUGGACAGAUUUCACAACAUUACAGUUACAACAUCUGGUGGGGUUUUAGCUUCCUCGUGGGCCCCAGGCGGACAAACUACCCGUGGGCCAACAUCAGAAAUCACACACCCAAUCUCCUCUGCUCUGCCAUCAUCCCAGCCCACCCAACCUCCCCAUGGCACCUCUACUGCCCCUAAGACAACAUUUCACUCUCUGCUGACACAUAAUCCACAAGGAAAGACAUCUACAACUGCAGUCACGGACACCACUUCGGGUCAAUCAACCAAAUAUGACCUGACAUCUUCUGCAGUACUGACCAGCACAGUCUCAACUACUUCAGCAAAUGGGGAGACGUCAGACACAUAUUCAGCUACAGUAACACCAACAGACGUUGCCCCAAAAUGUGCAUUUAAUAAUACGUGUUCGACUGUGCCUUUAAACACCACAGAGGAUACCACAAUCUACAAUAGGCAUCUGAUUUGGCAGUCAGCUGCGAUUGUCACGGGCAUAGUGAUGGCAGUGGUGAUUAUUGUUGGGGCCUCCUUCAAUUAUUGGUGUCAUCACAAGCGACGUCACAUCAGAAUAGAACUGGAUGACAUGACACAACAGCUUAAUAUGGAGGAGGAUUUGGAGGACGACGUUGGAAAUGACUGGCCUCGCUCGUGUCUUCUGUACCAUAGUGAAGACCCUGAAAGUGAGGGAGCACUGUAGCUGAAUACAGUCCAUCUGCCAUUCUCUUUAUUUGAGUAUGGGAUAGUGUUUGGUCUAACUUAUUUUAUCAUGAAAUGUUAUUUUGAAAAUAAAACAAUAUAUAUUUGGGCCAAUUUG